GGGCGGCGCCCAGGGGCUGCUCCUCCCGCGGGGGUCGCGGGCGCUCGGCACCCACCCCAAGAAGGAGCCGAUGGAGGCGCUGAACACAGCGCAGGGCGCCCGUGACUUCAUCUACAGCUUGCACUCCACCGAGCGGAGCUGCCUGCUGCGGGAGCUCCACCGCUUCGAGUCCAUCGCCAUCGCCCAAGCAUUCAGGUAUCCUAAACCACUGGUACCACUUGAGAAGCCAGCAGAGGAGGUAGAGUCACCAGAGUCGACCAGUGCAUUUGAGAAGUUGGAGGUUGCGCCACCAUCUCCAGGACAACUGAGACAUGUGUUCUUCCACAAUGCAUUACCUUUUGUAGGGUUUGGAUUUUUGGAUAACGCAAUUAUGAUUGCUGCGGGAACCCAGAUAGAAUUGUCAAUUGGAGUUGUCUUAGGAAUUUCAACUAUGGCAGCUGCAGCUUUGGGAAACCUUGUUUCAGAUUUAGCUGGACUGGGUCUUGCAGGUUAUGUAGAAGCUUUGGCUUCACGACUGGGUCUGUCAAUCCCUGACCUGACACCCAAACAAGCUGACAUGUGGCAGACCCGUCUCAGUGCACACUUGGGUAAAGCUAUUGGAGUGACCAUUGGCUGCAUUUUAGGAAUGUUUCCCUUGUUGUUCUUUGGCGAGGAGGAAGAAAAACUGGAAGAAAAAUAAUAAUCUUUUUACAAGACAUAUACAAAUGUAAACUACUGUACCUCAAUUAUUCAAUUAUACUGUCAAUAUUUAGGAAUUAACAGACAGUAAAAAAAUGUAUAGACUUGGGAACAAAACCUUCAGCAUGUCAUUUUAUGGAAACACUAAUUUAUUGUGGCCUUGUUGUGUUCAGUACUUCUUUUUAUAAGAUAUCAUCUAACUUUUUAUUUAAUUGUAAAUUUUUGAAGUGUUUUCACUUAUGGCAAGAUGUUUACCACUUUCCCCUUUGAACUUAUUCUUUAAUGGAUUAUUACUUCAAUAAUCCACCAUGGAUGACAGUAUCACUCUUGAGUUGCAUAUUGGUUGCUUAACAGUUGUAAUCACAUGACAGAAAUAUCACUGGUAGUCCUUCCGUGCAGAUUAUUAAGAAGGUUAGUGUGAGUAAUUUGAAGUCCCUCACUUUUCAAGGUCACUGGUUGCCCCUCACCAGCCAUCAUUUUACACUGCCUUAGAUUAGAUAUUUUAGUGAUCUUUGACAGUAUAGGUUCAUUUUUUUUCACAAUUCUGACUUAAGUGUCUCUGAAUUGUCUUUUGAGAUGAUCAUGUUGAUGCUUUGACAAGGUAAGUGUUUCCAGUGUAGGCUCUCUACCAAGUCCAUUUCUAAAGUGUUUUAACACCUUCUAUAUUUCCAUAUUCAUGCCUUUUUUUCCUUUCUAAACAUAUUUUGCUAAUUGAGUUGAAAUAUCCUUGUAUUUGUCUUCCUGUGGUUUGAGUGUGAUAUUAAAGAAUUCAAACCAACUGUUUCAAAACCACAAAGAACUUUUUAAAUUGUUCUGCUUAAAAUAAGGUGUGACUAGUUGAUUGGGUAGAUGAGGCCAGGGAACAGUUCAGGGUAUGAAUGAAUGCUAGCAUUACAAGUUUGUACUGAGUGGUUCAGUUGAAAUGGUAAGUGUACCAUCAGUCUGGAUUAGAGGAUUUGAUGAUAAUACCUUUGUGUUUAAGAUUAAGCCUUUGCUACAUUUUUUUUUUUUACUGAGACAAUUACUUAUAAAAACUAGGCAACAGAAAUAGGAGAAUCCAGACCUUUUUACUUUUUUUACAUUUGUUUUUGCAGCCUUACUUGGCAUAAUAUAGACCUGACAGUGCAGUAUCAUGUAACUGCUUUUUUCUAUAUGGUUAUGAAUAAAAUGAUGACAACUAUUGAAUAGUCAUAAUAUUUCAGGAUCUUACUUGCUAAUAGCAUAAUGCUAAAUUGCCAAUUGUCUCUUAGGUUUCUUACUUGUUUGAAUACCAUUUGGAAAAGCCACUAAAAAUUGGCACAGCCAGGGCACUUUGAAAGUUUUAUUGCUGAAAUUGCUAGCACUUCUGAAACCUAGAAAGAAAUGCUAAAAAAAAAAGUCCCUUGAUGAUUUUUAUUUGCUGUAGGAAAAGUCUUACUGUAACAUGUGUGUAUUUUACAAAGCUCGUUGCUUAUCUCAUUGUUAUAAAUCUGACUUCUCUGUUCUGAUUUCUAAAAGCCCUUUAACAGCAAUACUGAAACUAACUUUAAUGAAGGUGACACUUGUAUCUGUUUCUUAAGAAACAGAUGUUGACAGUUUGGAGUGAGUAGUCGUAAUAGUAUGUGCUGUACUUCGCACAUUAAACCAUGAAAAUCUGGACCAAGAUGUAAAACUGAAUGAAGGCUCAGCCAAGCAUCAAACACAAAUGCAGAGGAGUUUUGGCUUGCACUUCAAAGGUGGAAGCUUUGUUAAAAUAAAAUUAAAUAAAACAAUAAAAAACAACAACAAACCCCACAACUCUUAACAAAAAACCAAAAAACCCCAACCCACAAAAACAAUCCAGAAAGGCAGUUAUGUGCUCUUUCACCAACAGAUUGCUUCAGUACUUCAGUGUUCAGAAGUAUUUUUACUCAUUUAUCCCACAUUUAUCUUGCCUUAAACUUCUAACUUUUCUGCCUGUCCAUGCAUUUUUUGUUUCUAUACAAAGCUGUUUGUAUUUCCCACGUUUUUCUUAAACUGAAGUACCAGUCAAAGCAAUUUUGCAUAGCUUCUUUUGUCACUGUUUUUACAAAUAUUUCAACACUGUUUCCCAUUACGAUACUGGCAUCUUGAUUGGAAUCUUCUAGCAGUGGCCAAAUCACUGUUCUUUGGCAUUGUUCCAUCAGAACACUGUUUUCAUCACUCUAUUACAGCUCAUGAGAACAAUUGGAAGGUUGUGCCAGCUGUCACAGUAGUAUUUGUUUUAUAAUGGCAAUAGGAAAGGCUGUGUACUAUUGUUAAAUAGCUUGUGCAUGUAAAUUGAGUACCUUUUGUUGCUGUAUGUCAAACUAUUGUACUGCAACCAGUGCUUUUAUUGAGAAUCAAUGAACUAAAAUAUCUUGAAAGAAGUUAAUCAUGUGUCGUCUUGUUAAACUGUUUAGUUGACCACAAAAAUGUGGAGGGCAAGUGACACAUGGUAAGAAAUAUUGGGUAUUUCAGUCUGAUACCAUAAAGAAGAAGGUGACUUCUGGGGGUUCAGUAUUCUAUAAAGGUGAAGAAUAACUUGUGGUGUGAAAGGAUUAGUAGUGCUGCUGGAAGCUCAGAGAAAGUGCUUGUUGGGGCCAAGCUGCCCCCCUGAGAACCAGGUUGUUUCCUUUGGAUACAGGAUCCUUGCCUGUGUGAACGUGAGACUGCUUUGUGUGGAAGGGAACAUCUGUGCCUGAUCUGUGCCCUGUCUCUCCACAAGGAGAGUGGCUUUUUCUGGGGUAUAUGGAUGAAAGUAAUCCCUGAUGCUCUGAUCACUUUUACUAAAAACCUGAGAAGACAGAGUCCCCUUUAUUUUCUGAUAUCUUCUCCCUCCUUGAUAAAAGGAAAAAUUAAACACUUCAGGCUUGUUCAGAGACUUCAGUAUUGCUCUAUUUUUUUUUAUUCUAUCAGUUUGUCCUGUAUUAACAGGAAUUGUUUUUGCCUUGAAGGGCUGGUAGACCUGAAAUUCUGUUUGAAAUACUGUCUUCUAUUGUAACUUAAAUUAUAAAUGUAUUUUUGACUGUAUGUUAUCUCUAGGAACAAAGAACAUGCAUCUGAUAAUAGGGUUACUCAAAUCUUCUUGCCAGUGUUUUCUCAUGCAUGUAUUUUACAUAAAUUAUUUGAAUUCAGGCAACA